GCUCGUUGCAUUGCUAGCGAUUUCCACGCGUUAGGUGAUCCAUCGGUGUCACGAGGCUACAUACACGGCUGGUCGCUAGCUAGCCAGCUUCAAACACACAAGCAAGCUCAGUAAGCACGCCAUGAAGAUGAAGCGAUGCAUCGUUCCUAGCAUCCUGCUGAUGCUUUCACUGGAGGCGGCCCUCCUCGUCGCCGGCCGCCCCUCUGUCGACGGCGAGGUGGGUGCCAUUCUCCUGCCGAGCCAAGGCCAAGUCAUGGCGGCGCCCAAGAGGCCGUGGAAGUGCUGCGACCGGGCGCGGUGCACCAGGUCGAUCCCGCCGAUCUGCACCUGCAUGGACGAGGCUUUCGAGUGCGCCUCCACCUGCAAGGCAUGCGUGCCGUCGACGCGCAACCCGUCCCUCCAGGUCUGCCAGGACCAGUUCGUCGGCGACCCGGGGCCCAUCUGCCGGCCGUGGGAGUGCUGCGACUCGGCCGCGUGCACCAAGACCGACCCGCCGACGUGCCGCUGCGGGGACGAGGUCGAGCAGUGCGCUCCGACCUGCAAGACGUGCGAGCCGUCCACGUCGGACCCAUCCCUCAACGUCUGCAAGGACGCGUACACCGGGGCCAUCCCGCCCACGUGCACGCCGCCAGAGGCUCUUGCCGCCGGCGGUAACUAGCACGCACGCGCACGCGUUGGUGUGCACCAUGAUCGAGACGCUACGUCCCUACUCCUGCCAUGCUGCUGCAGCAGCCUGCAGUUUGUGACUAUACAUAAAAUAAAAAAUGGACAAGCAAUCAUGUAUAAGACAGAGUGCUAUUUAAUCUUAUCUUUUUAAUAACUGAAUGGUGCGGGUUUCUUCCGUUUCAUGAUGAAACGGCAUGAACCAUGAAACUGCAUGAAACUUUCAUCCACUUUGACCAAAGUCCUAUUUCAAAUAUCACUUUAGCUACUUGUAAGUUGCCUGAAUUUUGAAUUUGGGUCGUUCAAUU